ACCGGCAAAUGGGCUCUCAACAUUCACAUCCGGCCUGAAGCCCUAGUAGCAUUCCAUUCCAGAUUGAUUCCUCUCUCCCUCCAUCGGCUUGGGAGUUUUUGCUGUUCGACGAUCGACUCGCCGUUCUUCUUCCCCAUCCGACCUGAAGUUUUAAUCAUUAUUUGCGUAAAAGAACUAUGCCUCCAAAAGCGAAAAAGCCGCUAGCUGGUCCCGGAAUGAAGAGAAAGUCUCGUGUCACUCGGGCUGCAUCCAAAGUCCAGCCACAACUGCCUGGCAAACUUUUGAAGGCAGACCGAGCUAAAGAGACUGAGAAAACAACGGUGGAGCUUAAAGAGGUGGUGAAUAUUGAAGAAAACACUCAGCCCAUUGAGCAUAAGUCAUUGCCUCUUGGGACUGAUGAAGAUCCCAAGGAGGAACAAAACUAUGAGGCAUGCAGGUCCCUCUCUAAUAAGAAGGAGUUUGAACAAAAAGAGUCGGUUGAUGAAUAUGAGAAAGGUGAACAGUUAGAUUUGGAGGACAAUGAUCCUGAAUAUGAAACUGAAGAAAAUGUUGGUGUUGAUUAUGAAGAAAGGGUAAGUGAACAUGAUGACGAUCUAGAAGAGGGUGAUGAGAUGGAAGAUAACGAGGAGGAAUAUGUUUGUGAUGAGGAUGAAGGUGAUAUUGUUGAGGAGGUUGAAGAUGUUAAUGAGGACCUUGAGGGAGAGGAUGAUGAAGAACAAGACGGGGAGGAACACGCUGAAAUGGUUGAUGCAGCUGAGGAGGAAGAACAUCAUGAAGUGGUCAAAGAAAGACGCAAACGUAAGGAGUUUGAAAUUUUUAUUGGUGGCUUGGACAAGGGUGCUACCGAAGAUGAUCUUAGAAAGGUCUUUAGUCAAGUUGGUGAGAUUACCGAAGUGAGGCUUAUGAUGAACUCUCAGACCAAGAAGAAUAAGGGAUUUGCUUUUCUGCAAUUUGCAACAGUAGAACAAGCCAAGCGUGCUUGUACAGAGCUAAAAAAUCCACUGGUUAAUGGAAAAGAGUGUGGUGUAACUCCAAGUCAAGACAGUGACACACUCUUUCUAGGUAACAUAUGCAAAACAUGGACAAAGGAAGCUUUGAAUGAAAAGUUGAAGCACUAUGGCAUUGAGAACAUUGAUGAUUUGACAUUAGUGGAGGACUCAAAUAACGUAGGAACAAAUCGAGGUUUUGCGUUCCUGGAAUUCUCUUCUCGUUCAGAUGCCAUGGAUGCUUUUAAACAUCUUCAGAAGAGAAAUGUUUUUUUUGGACUUGACAUGCCUGCCAAGGUUUCCCUUGCAGAUUCAUUCAUUGACCCGGGUGAUGAAAUUAUGGCUAAGGUCAAAACGGUCUUCAUAGAUGGUCUCUCAUCCCAUUGGGAUGAGGCCAACAUGUCUGAACUUCUCAAAAAAUACGGAAAGAUAGAAAAGAUUGAGCUUGCUCGUAACAUGCCAUCUGCCAAGAGAAAGGAUUUUGGUUUUGUCACAUUUGAUUCACAUGAUGCUGCAGUUACUUGUGCUAAAUCCAUUAAUAACUCUGUGCUAGGAGAAGGAGAUAGUAAGGUUAAGGUUCGAGCUAGAUUAUCAAGGCCCCUUUACAGAGGCAGGGGUGAUUCACAUGGAGAUAUGAGGCCUCGCCACAGGCCAGCACGAGUGCCUAGGGCCCCAUGGGGGCGCUCAUUGCCACAUAAUCUCCCCAUUCAUGGACGAAGAGUUGGUCCACGUAGGCCACCUUUGGUUGAUCGCAGCAUUAAACGAUCCACCGGUUACAGAGAUAGAAGAGCAGCCAUUGCUGUCCCACCCAGGAGCAGGCCUGUUGCUCCUCCGCCUAGCAGGCCAUGUGAGAGGAGACCGCCUGGUCAUGCAUAUCCAAGAAGUAGUUCUAAGAGAGAGUAUGGUAGCAGAGCCACAAUGGAUUAUGCUCUCAGAGUACCUUCUGACAGACGCUCAUCCUAUAGAGAUGAAUAUGAUCCCCAUGGAUCUGGCUAUGCUGAUUUUCCAGGAGGAGCAUCCAGGAGUGCAUUAAGGAGAGCAUAUGUUGAUGAUGACUACGAACAGAGGUUUGAAAGACUACCUCCAGUGUACCGUGAUAGCCGUGCUCGGGAAUAUGACUCUAUAUCUGGCUCAAAACGUGCAUAUGCUGCAAUGCAGGAUGAUGUUCCUCCUCGAUAUGUUGAGGCAGGAGUUCGCCGUUCUCGUGCACGUUUAGAUUAUGAAUAUGGAGGACGCAGUGCUUCUCAAUACGAGGGUUCCUAUGGUGACAGACCUGGAAAGCCUCCUAUUGGAUAUGGCGGAAACAGAAGUUCUAUGUCUCAUCAAGAUUCUCAUGGACUUUAUAGUAGUCGCCAGGCUAUGGGUUAUGACAGAGGUUCUUAUGGUGGUAGUGAUGUUGGUGGGAUGUAUGCUUCAGGCUAUGGUGGUGAUUACAUGUCUCAUGGCAGUGAUAUGGGUGGCAGCUCUUAUUCGUCACUCUAUUCUAGUCGUGAUCUGGGUGGAGGUGGCUAUAUGGGCGGCGGUGGUUCUAGAUCUUAUUACUGAGAUUUUGAAUGGACAAAGAGGCUGCAUGGAAUGCACUGCGUACUUGAAAGCCAGACCAUUUUGGAUUGGGAUGAUGUCAAGCAAGUGAAAAGCCUCUAUAACUGCAGUUUGAUGACAAGAUAUGUUGUAUAAGGAGAUUUGGAGUUCUAGUGUGUUAAGAUUUGGAGGCCUCGUAAUUUUAUGCUUUUAGGAAACUUGAGAUUUAUUAGACUUACACUGCUGAACAUCCAGCUUUUAUAGUUAAUUUUCCUUUUAAGUAACUUUUGGAAUCCAUGUAAGAGCUUGUUUGAAUAAAUGGAACAGUAUUGAAGUUGCAAGUUUAUCUUAUCCUGUGCUUAAGUCCUUGUGAACUGAGGAAGACUAUUGGAAGGGGAAAUUGCUAAAGUCACCCUUCACCAUGGCCUUCUUAUUCUUAUAGACAUUCACGAACAUUGAACAACAACAGGUGUCUAUGAAUGUCUUUGAGAAGGUUGGGUGCCCAUAGCAUGGUCCAUUGGAAGAAUUGCGAAUCCCAUGCAUCCAUCGUGUUUCUUGACAUUAUUGGGUUCCAAGAACAAUGUAUUGACCAGGAACGCAAAAGAAGCUCUCACCGGAAGCUGUAGUCUGCUAUGAAAUAUGGACUUCUGGAUUGUGAUGGGCUAUGAUCUCCACUGAAUGUGGUAGUACACACACACACACACAUAUACUUUCUAAACCUGGAGUUCAAGAGAGGUUCAUUGAAUACUUGUCUCAGUUUUAUUCAACUGGUUUUGGUUUUAUGAAGCCGGUAAGGUCUGCGUACUACCCUCGCCAGAUCCUACUUUUUGUGAGAUUUCACUACGUUUGUUGUUGGGCAUGCAUCUUGUUGGGCUAGAGCUCCUAUCUCCCUAAUAUUGUGCUUCUUUGAAAAUAUGUGUAUGAAUACAUCUAAGUUGCUGCUCAUAUGUGAAGGAGAUGAACCUG